UAAGUGCUGUGAUAGGGGGUGUGAUAGUACCCAUCAUUCUCAUCGCAAUACUACUAAUUACUUUGGUGAUGUAUAGAAGGAUCAAACAAAGACGUUUAGAGGCUGAACCAGCCACGUCCCCAUCAAACAAUACACGUGAGACCUCAUCUAAGUAUGAGAACCCUGUAUUUGAUGACUCCAAGCAAGACCCCAAUACUUACGAAGACCUUAAUAUUGACACCAAUACAUACCAAGAUCUCAAUACAGAUACCCCAAACUACCAGAAUCUUACCGACCCCCAUACCUAUCAAGAUCUAAAGAAACCCAACACCGACGUUACCUAUCUAGAAGCCAUAACAUCAGAUCCGGGAGACACUUACGAAGAAAUAUAGAGGCAGCCCUAGCAAGGCAGAGGCUUGGGUAUGGUGCCAGCAUUGAUACAUGCUGGAUCAACAAUAAUGAAUAUGUUAUGCAAUACACAGAGUUGGUAAUAUUUAUCAUGGUGCUCAUACUUCCUUACUAUGUGCUCAUACUACGGUAGUACACUAUUUCAAUUGAUGCAAGAAUUAUAACGAAACUUAAACAGCUACUUUAUACUAGUGUUAUAGAAACAGUAAAUAUCUUGUGUGGUUUUUAUAUCAUUACUAGUUUGUAAAUAAAGGGAUGAAAGGAUAAUUUACGUGUAAAUUCUUUGAAGUAACUGUCA